UAAGAAGCGGCGGCGGCGUAUUCGAACGGAGAGCUGGAGAUGCUCCUGCGGUUUAGGUCUGUUGAUUGAUUAUUUGAGGAUAGAGAAAAUAACAGCUAAUCGCAUCCUUUGGGAAAAAAACAACGCAUACAAGACAAUUUCACUUCUGUUACUGCCACUUGCUUUAUGCUUCAAUGCCUAUCUACAAAGUUCCAAACGUAAGCCAUGUCAGAACUCUUAGCACUUCUGCACAACAACAUCCCCACCAAAAUGCUUAUAUUAGGGACAGAUUUCGAGAACAAUGUACACCAGAUGUGUCGGGAAAUGAGCAGGAAAACUCACUGUCCCAGUCCUUGAAUAAGACGAAAGAAAUCAAUCGGACCUAUGUGCUUUCGACUUGUAACAAGCUGGCGGGUGCUUCCCCUGCCCUUAAAAAUGGAGGCAAGUUGACCCUUCAGAGAAGAACGGUGACAAGCAAAGAACAAUCCAGUAUAAAUGCAACAUGCGAUAGUGAAAAUACACAGACAGAAAAAAGACUCACCCUGCAGCGCCGUCAGAGGAUUGGAUCAACGGAGACUUCCAAAACAAACAAUGCCAAUGAGGCGAGAGGAGGAAACAUUGCACUUUUAUUGCAGAAAAACAACACAACUUUGAUUCCAGCAAAAAGGAAUAGCAACGAUCCUCCAUCUGUUAAGACUGGUCCUCAGUCGCUUACACCCUGCAGGGAUGUAAAGCUAAAUCCCAGUAUGAAAAAUAAUGUGUCUUUGGAUCCAAAUGGCUAUAGGAGCUACACGCCUCUGAAACACAGGACACUAAGUACUGAUUCCGAGAGUGAAAACGUAUCUCGAUUCUCCCUUUUCACUCCAGCAAAACCUGAUAAUAAGACAUCUGCUGUUAAGUGCACCAGAGAAAGGAAUUUCCAUAAGGAAAAUGGAAUAGUCAACUUGCAAGAUGAUGAUCUUAAAAAUAAAAAUUUGGAAAGACAGAAAACGCCAAGAAAAGGAAUGACAGAUGGACCUAAAUUUACCCCCAAAUGUACGCCUGUUCAGCAUGUUCAGACUUCUACUACCUUCGCUAUGAGAAAUAAGACAUUGAGCUCUGAAACAACAUCACAUGCUCUCAGUAUUAAAAAUGGAAGGGUGCAAGAAAAUACUAGAUCUAUCCAACAAAUGUCUGUGCUGCAAGACGAUACUCCGAAGCAGGACACAUGCAUUACAGACGACCCCUUCAAAAUUGAAAAUAGUAAAGUUACUGUGGCUGUGAGAGUCCGCCCCUUCAGCGACAGAGAGAAAAAUGAAGAAAAGUUCCAGAUCAUUUCCAUGGCUGGCCAAGAGACUGUUGUAAACCACCCAAACACAAAACAAACCUACAGUUUCAGCUUUGAUUAUUCCUUCUGGUCUUUCGAUAAGAGCCAUAACUUUGCAGGCCAAGAGAUGGUCUAUCAGUCCUUGGCAAUUCCUCUCUUAGAAAGGGCCUUUGAAGGAUACAACACCUGCCUUUUUGCAUAUGGACAGACUGGUUCUGGAAAGUCAUACACCAUGAUGGGCUUCGAGAACGAUGAACGAGGGAUAACACCGAGAUUCUGUGAAGAUCUCUUUAAACGAAUAGAAGAAGCAGAAACCCAACAGAUAGCUUAUCAUCUUGAAAUGAGUUAUUUUGAAGUUUACAAUGAAAAAAUUCAUGACUUGCUCGUCUUCAGACGGGAAACUGGACAGAAGAAAGAACCUCUCCGUGUGAGAGAACAUCCAGUCUUUGGGCCAUAUGUGGAAGACCUGACAGUGAAUGUUGUUACCUCUUAUUCAGAUAUUCAGCGUUGGCUUCAGUUAGGAAAUAAGCACAGAGCGACGGCGGCCACAGGAAUGAACGACAAGAGUUCUCGGUCUCAUUCUGUUUUUACCCUGGUGAUGACGCAAACAAAGACAGAUAUUGUGGAAAAGAAGGAACAUGAUCAUAGAAUUAUCAGUCGUGUUAAUCUAGUAGACCUUGCAGGUAGUGAACGCUGCUCUGCAGCUCGGACUAGUGGAGAAAGAUUGAAGGAAGGCGUGAGUAUAAACAAAUCCCUUUUAACUCUGGGGAAAGUUAUUUCUGCUCUUUCAGAGCAAAAUCAGAACAAGAAGAAGGUAUUCAUUCCAUACCGCGAAUCUGUCCUUACAUGGCUAUUAAAAGAAAGUCUUGGUGGAAAUUCGAAAACUACUAUGAUUGCCACAGUUAGCCCUGCUGCCAGAAAUGUAGAGGAAACUCUUAGUACUCUUCGCUAUGCUCAGCAAGCUUGUUACAUAGUCAACAUUGCCAAAGUAAAUGAGGACAUCAAUGCUAAAUUAAUUCAAGACUUGAAAGCGGAAAUUGAGAAACUGAAAUUGGCUCAAAAGAAUCUUCAGAAUGUGGAUCCUGAAAAACAGAGAGCUUAUGUUCAAGAAAUAACAUCCCUAAGAAUGAAACUCCACCAUCAAGAGAGAGAGAUGGCUGAGAUGCAAAGGGCUUGGAAAGAAAAACUUGAACAAGCAGAGAAGAAGAAAUUCGAGGAAACGAUGGAGUUACAGAAAGCAGGUAUUACGUUCAAGGUGGACAACAGCCUGCCUAACUUGGUCAAUCUCAGUGAAGAUCCCCAACUCUCUGAGAUGUUGCUUUACAUGAUUAAGGAAGGACAAACGACUGUUGGAAGGUGCAAGCCAAAUUCACGCCAUGAUAUUCAGCUCUCUGGCAUCUUAAUUGCUGAUGACCAUUGCAUUAUCAAACAUGUGGCUGGUGCUGUUAGUAUCAUCCCACUGGAAGAUGCAAAGACGUAUGUGAAUGGGAAAUGCAUUUUGGGCACUACGGAUCUACAUCAUGGUGACCGGAUCAUUCUUGGAGGUGACCACUAUUUUAGGUUCAAUCAUCCAGUAGAAGUUCAGAAAAUAAAAAGUCAAUCUUGUGGGGCUGGUCUCCAUGAGGAUGGUCAAAAGGGCUUUGAAUUUGCAAAAAACGAAUUACUGUCUGCACAAAGAGCUCAACUUGAAUCAGAAAUAGAAGAAGCGAGGCUGAAAGCUAAGGAAGAGAUGAUACAAGGAAUCCAAAUUGCAAAAGAAAUGGCUCAGGAAGAACUUUGUUCUCAGCAGAAAAAUUAUGAGACUCGGAUAAAAUCAUUAGAAGCACGGUUGCAGGAAGAAUCCCGUAGGAAACAACUGCAGGAAAUGAAUAAUCAAAUGACUGCAAAUAAAAUUCAAGAAUUGGAGAAAGCUAAGCGAGGCCUUGAGCUAGAGGUUAACUUCAACAAGAAGCGCUUGGAAAUGGAAACGUUGGCUGCCAAAGAGGUUUUAGAAGAUCACACAAUCCGCCAUGCCAAGAUACUUGAAGCUUUGGAGGCCGAGAAGCAGAAAAUUGCUCAGGAAGUUCAAACUCUUCAACAAAAUCGGGGAAAUAGGAAAAAAGAGCCGAACUGGAAUUCUUUGAAACUAUCCAUGAUGAUUAAAGAGGCCAAUGCUAUUAGCAGUAAACUGGAGAAGCACACUGUGUUUUGCAGACAUGACGCGACAGAUAAAGAAAAUGGCACUGGCCCUUGUGUGCAGGUCCGUAACAUCAGGCUGGGUGUUACAACUUUCUGGAGCAUGGAGAAGUUUGAAGACAAGCUGGCUGCAAUGAAAGAAGUCUAUGAGACAAAUAGCACCAACAAAUCAGAUGAAAUUUUUAAUGACCCCACUGAUGAAUGGGAGCCAGAUAUUUUAAAUGCAUCUGUUUCUUCCUUUUCUACAAAGAGGAGGAGUAGAAGUCUGAGGAAGAGCAAGAGGAUUUCUGGAUGUUUGUCGGAGGUAAAGAUGAGACUCCACAACUCUUAUUUACCAGGCUCAACAAAUAAACUGACCAGCCUGAGCUCUGAUGCACCUGAAUCAUUCCUUCCUAACAUUUGUAAGGAACUGAUUGUUUUGGCUUUGGAUGUAUUUGAACAUACCGGUGAAGAAGAGGAGAGCAUGGCGCAGAGCCUUUUGGAGACACUGUUCACAAUUCAUACUGGAGUCAUUGCUCUGACAAAGGCUUAUGAGCAAGAUGAAGACAGUCAAGACAACUUUUUUGUGACUGAUCAAGCUGCUCAGUCCUGCAUCAUCAUCAUUGUGUCAGCUUUCAAACAGAUUAUACUUCUAACCAAGCACUGGGGAAACUGUUUCAGAAAAAAUGAGGAAUUUGUAAAUAUUUAUGAAGAAAUGAGAGAAGAUGUGAAACAUUUGGGAGGAUACCUGCAGUUGCUUUUCCAGGGCAGCAGUUCAGAUUUGCCAUUAAUGGUAGCAGAGGCACAGAAGAAAAUAAAGGAGACAUUGAGAGAGAUGGUGAACUAUAUCGGACACUUAGCAGCACUGUCUGGCUGUGGCUUGCAUUUUGGGGUGGAAAACACCAGAGAGGCAAGGGAUCCAAAGAAACUAUUCAUGUCGGACAUCUGUGAUGGAAUGGAUACAGGAUUGUUGCAUCUUUUAGAUUGUAUACAGAAGACGUCCAGAAUAAUGCAGAAGGAACUACUAAAAUGGUACCCCCAAAAUGAGGUUCAGAAUCACAUGAAAGACAAAGCUGUGGCAUUCGCCAAAUUCCUGGAGGAUGUAAUAUCAGAUUGUAAAAAGAGAGAAAUAACAAAUCUAUUAAGGAAAGAAGAAUCCAUUGACCAGGAGUUAAAGAAAGCUUCAAGGCGAGCUGUUGAAUUCUUGGAAUUACAUCAUUGUCUAGACCAAGUAUACCAGAUGGUUACUUCUUCAUUACAAGCUUCAUACAGAAAUAGAUGUCCACUCAGGUAUUUUGUAGAGAAGAUUUGCUUCUUAGCUGGAAAUUUUAAUACUCUCUGCAUUCAACCUGCUUUGGCUACCGAUUCAGCGGAUAAACCUGUCCAAAGGAUUUCAGAACUACUUGUGGACCAAAGAGAAUUGGAUUCUGUAGCAAGGUCACUUAUUAUAAGUUUUGAACUUGAACAUGGACAGGAUGUAUUGAAACUUCAGGAUGGUUUUGUGCUGCAUGUUCAGUCUGAUGGAAAACAACUCGAAAGAAGUGACACAACAAACUUUUGGGAGGAGAAGGAAAUGCCAAAAUGUGAACUGUGGCCUGUGCCCGAAAGUUUAGGAACAUCUUCACCCAAUGGAAUACACUGGGUAUAAAAUAUUGUUUAAUGUGUGUAAUGUGGAGAAAUAGGGCACACUGUGAUUCUAGUAUCAGCAGUUGUGUUACUACCGUGCAGGCAAAUAUUUUGGAAGGCUUGGGAAAGGAAGACAUGGUGUCAACUCCUAUACUUUCCCUAGCAGGCCUUACAGACUGAAAAGAGGGGAGGGUUCACUUACGUUUAAGGGUUGUGUAGAAGAAAAUGUUGCUUUCCAUUCAACCAGGUAACUGGCAGAACCUGCAGAAGAUCCCUCACCUACACAACCAUUAAAAUAUAGAAGUCAUCAGCAGUUUUCACUCUGGAUGCCCUAUUGUUUAGCUAUGAAUGUCCUCCUAGUCAUAUGGCCUAAGUGCAUGUGAUUAUUCCAUUUUGCCUAUAAAGGCAUUCCUCAUGUGGAUCGAGUGUUAUCCUCUUAAGUGUAGGGUCUGAUUCAUUCAUUCUUCCAUCCAAAGAGUUAAGACUAUAAAUUACUCCCUACAGUGAAUAUGUGUUAUGAGGAUGGAUGGGUAGGUGGGAGUACCUCUUGCCUGUUCUUUGUACCAAGGAAUGAGGACUUCCAAUUUUGGUAGACCGGAUACAUUUCCACAGGAAUAAAAUGAGCUAAGGCGCAUAUUGGAAAAUCUGAAAAUCCAAAAUUUACGUUCAUUUCUGCUGCAUUAAUAUAGUAAAUUCAUAUUGUAAGCACAAUUGCACAAUUGAAGGCGUUGCUGGUCACCUUUCCUAGCUGUUGAAUCUAUGGAUGUUCAGUGAAGUAGAUACUGGCAGUAUUUAUUGCUUUUACCCAGGACAAAUCUAUUUAUUUUCCUUCCUUGCCCCAUCCAUCCUUUUUUUGAAAAAAUGUUUUUUUGGAUGUCAGUUUUCUAUUUUGAUAGCACACCCCUCAGCUUUAGACAUGUUUCUAUAUGUCAUAUGGAAGGCUGCAUUCAGAUUGCUAGUGGAAAGUGUACAUAACCUGCUGGAUCCCAGUUGAUACGUUAUUAAACUAAACAUUAAAAAAGUAAAUUACAGUAAAGACAUUACUUCUUACUAUCUUAGAGCCUGCUAUUUAUGUUUU